AUGGUACGUCCGGUGUUGGAGCCGUCAGAUGUUGUAAAAGUCGAAUUUGAUGUGCAGCUCCUGGCUCUCAACGCAGUGGUAAGCGAAAUCUUGCACGAUAUCUUCAGAUAAUGCAUUCCUCAUCAACUGCAAUGAACUUGUAUCGCAGAACCCAUUGAGGCUAACAUAAGAAUGUGAAGACUUGAAUAGAGACACUAUUUUCUUGUGGUUCCCCAGUAGAGCUGUAACACAGAGAAACCCACGUCAAGUCGCGCAUCCUGCCACGGGGUGUGUUAUAUGCUCGUCAGCCCCACACCAAGCGGGAUUACUCACAUUUAUUAGUUUAAGAUAAUUAUAUGGGUCUUUUUAUUAUUUUCUUUUAAUUUGUGUUACUGAAUAGCACAUCAGAGUUAAAAAAAUAAAACAUUGACUCUUGGAAAGAUUAGUUUGAAUAUAUCUCCAUACUGUAAAUACUGCUACCUCGUCAUGGCUGGGAAUUAUAGAGAUACGCGAUCAACAAUAUAACUGUUCCCAGAAAUAUACCUUUUUGGUUGGCUGAUAAUUUUUGAACCUCAACUUUUAACAUGAAUGUAACUUAGUAUCUGCAUCAAUUGCGCCUCCACUCUCAAUCACUCUUUGAAGGUAAAAUAUUCUCACCUGAUACCAAAUAUGUUCAUGUCACACAGGACAAUAAAGAACAAACUAUCACAACAGAAACGGUGAUCACGCAGGUACGCUAUGAUUCAAUUUUAGACAGUGUAACCUAACCAAGGGCUAAUUGGAUAUUUUAACCUUUUAUUGUAUUGCUAGUGUGUACAUGAACCGCGAGUGGCAGUUUUGAAGUUAUUAAAUCAAAUUCUUGUUAUGAAUCGUAGAAAAAGAGGUAGGGAGGGUAUGAAACCUCGGCUAUCUCCUUACAAAACCUCUCUUAGUUCGAAAAUGCGCAAAUUUUAAAAAACAGCAAUUUUCUGAUUUGUAUUCAUGUGUUUUAUCGAUAAGGACUGAGAGUGUGUAAGUAGGAUACAUUUCAUAUUUAUUAGCGUAAAACAAAACAUUGUGUCUUCACUUAGCUUUUGAACUUUUCGAUUGUUAACGGGCAAACCCAGAAAUUUGCCUUAAUCUGUAGAAUGUCUUUGUAUGAGAAAAGUAAAUGUUUAGUCCAUAAUGGUCCUAACGUGUUAAGUAGUUUUGUUUGGAUGAUUAUCGUUCUCUGUAGACUUGAUUAGGUUUACUUCAACCUACAUUUCACGCUGUGCACUUGACAUUUACUAACGCUCGGAGAUUGUCACUAACUUUUUUUUAUUUAUGAAACCUUCGUCACAUGCUGCUUUCGCGUCAAUGGAUUACCCUUAAAAGAAUGUCUGAUUGGUAGUCUUUAGUCGAAGAGCAUAUUUCACGUUCACGCAAUGUUUUUCCCAUAACUAUAUGUCCUAACAUCAUUUCUACCGUCACACUCGAAAGUAGAAUUCGCAUUUAAGUGCAGCCGUACUACUAUUUGCUAUGGCAACUUUUCAUUUAGGGUUGCCAGCGCAUCUUCUUCAGUCUAUUUUUCUUAUAAUUCUAAAAUCCUCAGAGAAGGAGACUUGUUAGAGUGAAAUUAAGAGCGAAUUUUUUAUUCUAAAAAAAUACUAAUACGUCAAGAGUAAAAUCUUGAGUUGUUUGAGUGUGGUUAAGAAUCAUCUUAGAUUAGGGAGAGAACUUUGAACAAUAGUUAAGCAGACCUGAAAAUUGACGGAGAAGGUAACGAAAACUCAACUUGAGAAAAAAAGACAGCAAAAGAGGAGAAAAUUGAUUCAAACUAAAAAUGAAAAUUGUGCGAGGAUUACGCUAAAAUCUGCGUCACUUACGUGAAAAAGUCGAAGGGACAUGCUGAAGAAAAAUUCCAGCAAACGCACUUAGACUGCGCAAGCCGCAGGAACAAGUGUGACAUAAUACACACCGGCUUUGCCAUUAGUAUAAGCGAAAGACCAGGCGAGUUUUUCGAACGAAAAUACCCUUAAAAUGCGCUUGGAUUCCAUUUACAACGCCGCCGUUCAGAAUCUUUUCGAGGAAAAAUCUGUUAAUUGAUUUAUUCUAGCUGUCUCUAUCGUUAGUAAGAUUAUCGAAAAAAAAAAUUAAGCAAAUUUUAACCCUGGCUUGGUAGCUUGUUACAAACAGAUUAGAGUGACGCGGUUGCAAAGAAUUUAAGUUUCAAAGUUGCAAGCAAGAUACAGAGUAAAAGAUGACAAAAUUAGUAAUUGAAGCCAUAGUGCAGCUGUCUAAAGUGAUGGUUCUCAGUUAUCAUUUCUCAGUUAGUAAUACGGUUGCAAAGAUCAGAAUUUAAGUCACGAAGUUGUAAGUAAGAUACAAAGUAAAAGUUGACAAAAUUAGUAAUUGAAGCCAUAGUGCAAAGAUACAAAGUAAAAGUGACAAAAUUAGUCAUUGAAGCCACAGUGUAGCUGUCUAACGUGAUGGUUUUUCAGUUAGAAGAUUGUAAUUAGCGGGAGACAGAGUAAAACUAAAAAAGGUGAUAACCGAACACGAGCUACUAACACGAAGUAUUACUAUAUAUUGUAUUCCUUGGCCCACAGCAAUGGAAUAAUCCUUACCUACGUUGGGCUCCCGAGAAUUAUGGAAACUUGAAACAAAUACUUGUGGAUCCAAGAGAAGUUUGGGUGCCUGAUGUAGUACUAGAAAACAAGUAAGUUGAAUUCUGCGGCAUUUCAAGUCAUUACACUUCGGAAGUUUUAAGUAACAAACUAUCCUUAUAAAACAAGGGAUUAUGAUUUAUUGCGAAAAAAAGGAUCAGAAAAGAUCCAAAUGCCCGAGUGGUUAUGCCAAGUAACACGAACCUUAAUACGCCAAUUAUUUUUCAGUUUUGAUGACAUACAGAUAUUUAAAAUUCUCUACAAAGUUAUAGACUAGAGGGUUGUUUUUCAUCGAAUUGCGACUUGAAAAAAUGGAAUAUAACAUGCUCAGACAAGUUAAAAAAGGGGAGGGAAAAAGUGUCUUUUAUUUACCACUUAUGCAAUUAUGAAUUUUUUCUACAAAAUGAGCGCCCAAGUUUUCUAUUGUAGCAUUUUACAUUUCAUUAAGACUAAACAGACACGCAUACAGUGAUGAAGUAGUAAAAGCGUUCCUCUCCGGCUCCGGUUAGACGCCAGCUCAGAAGCUUUUAAACAAAAUUUUUAGUCCGUGUGCCCAUUAUGUAGUCUUAGUUCCUCAGGUCAAAAGGUUACGAACAAUUUAUGCAUAUCCAUUUUUUCCCACCUCAAGUGCAGAUAAUGGGGUUGUUCAGGCGGGGCACGUGGAAAAAUUCCGAAGUUGGGUGCGUGUGAACAGCGGUGGACAUAACACGUGGCUAUCCCCAGCAACGUUCAAGAGCAAGUGUGGGCUUAGUUUCAAGAACUUUCCCUUUGACACACAGAAGUGCAGCCUAGUUUUUCGUUCUGUAACAUCUGACCGUACCUUUUUAAAUAUCGAUACCACGCACAUCAAAAACGAUAAUCCUGAGGAAGGUAAGGUUACAUGGCAAUAUUUAUGUGAAAAUUUGAAGAAAUAGGAUUCCAAGUUAACUCAAAUCAACUCUUGCCGUUGCAAAACAUCAUGGAAAGUAGUUGUGUAUUAUUCUUAGUUUUCUGAUAUUUUUAUUAUUUAGAGCUUAACCUCACCACAUCUAAUGGUUAUUGGUCUCUGAGAAGCAUUGAGAUCAAGACCGAGGAUAAGAAGCAAUCACCGAUAUUCAGCAAAGUUGAAGUAUCAUUUCGUAUUGGACGUAAACCCAUGUUCUUUAUCCUUUUCACCAUCGUUCCUUGUAUGAUCAUUGGGCUGCUGAUUCUCGUGAGUUUCUAUAUUCCCAAUGAGGUUGGUGGAAGGAUCGGACUGUGCUCAACGAUUCUGUUGUCAGUCAGCGUGUACCUACUCGUCAUCGUAAACCAGCUUCCGGAACAGUCCGACGAGUUGCCCAUUAUUGGUGUUUACUACAUUGCGACCAUGUUUGAGAUCGGUCUGGCGCUGACUGCCACAGUUGUAGUCAUGAUGGCUUACCACGCCACUUCCGAGCCACCCCGCAUCUUGACUUGGAUAACAGGUAAGGUUAAUAACUGAUAAUCAGUCCAUAUGAGUAAAUUAGAAAGUUGUUAACACCAAGUCUAUAAGCGACAAUAGCAAUUUUAAUGGUAAUUCAUGACAUGGUGAAGUAAUCAGGAUCAUGUGCGAUUUCGACGAUGAUUUCGGCGAGAAAAGAUAUAAUAAUAAUACCUACCGAGGACACAAAUACUGAGACGUCCUCGGAGCAUUCACGAUAAUAAAAAUAAUAAUAAUAAUGAUAAUAAUAAAAAACACAGACAGUUAUUUUGAAAACAGUGACAGACUUAGUACUAAAAAAACUUUUGCAAUUGAAUGGAAGGCAAUUGAUCUCGGUCACGGCCUUUGUUUACAGCUGAGUUUAACGAUGAACGUUUUAUCAACCACCACGACAUGAAUGCCCAGAGGUUUUCAGUGAAGAGCAUAUUUGGAAAUAUUGAUCGCCGGUUCAACAAAAAGCAAAAAUAUUCAUUGUUUUUCAAAUUUCAGUGUUUAACAGGAUUGGUUCCUGCGGAAGAAACAAAAGAAGACUACGUAUCAAUGACGCUAAUUUGAAUUCAUCUCCUGAAGUUGGGGAAGUAAAUACCACUGGCAUUGCAAUGGAGGAAAUUGUUGAUGUGGAGCUUGGAGAGGUGGAUGGGCAGACUUCAGCUGACACCCUCGGGGAGAAAACGCCACCCACCUCGGUUUCUAAAGAAGAAGUCAACCAAGAAACUUGGAAGGAAAUCGCUCGUGCGCUCGACCGUGUUUUCUACUGGUUGUUUUUGGCGCUGGUUGUGUCUUCUUCUAUUACAAUUUACGCACACGCAGGAAAGCUUUAAUCGCUCGGUCAAUGUAAUUUCAAUUGACCUCUUUGGAAACUGCUGGGCGAAGUCCGCUCUGGUGUUCAAUAAAUUAAUCAAAUAAUGUCUGUCCAAUUGUAAGCAGUUUUUUUAAAGACUAACUGUUUUAUAGAUGUAGAAUUGAACUUGUGAAACCAGUCCCAUUCUCAGGUGGUGGCAAUCCGGCGAACAGCAGUGCGAACAGAACGAGCUGAUUGAGUGAAUUUAACCAAUAGAAUCAAAAUGCUAUUUCCAAGCUGACAAAUAGUACUGAGUACAGCCACGUAUGCUGGUAACACGAUAAACUGUUGAAAUUUUGGCCUUUUUUACGGCUGAUAACGGUUAACUUACUUCUUUUGUAAUUAAAUGGCAAAUUUUAAUGGUUAACUUUUUUUACGACCAACCGUUUAAAUUUGUCAAUUUUUACUCCUAACGGCUAAAUUUUUUGACCGUUUGACGGCUAAAGUUAAAAAAUGAAAGAAAAUUUGUAAAAUCCCUAACGAACGGGUCGAGCCGAGAAUGAAUUGUUCACUGAGAGAACUGAUAUUCGCCAUCAGGUAGUUUUUAGAAGUAAUUGUUUUAAAUCUAUGUACUCCAAAUUUUGUUCCUCUAGGGAAAUUAAAUUCCUAAUGAACUCUCAUUGUAAACUUCUCGGUCGGUGCCGUUGGCAUAAUAAAGCACGCUUUGUUUAUCCACGCUGACAAUUACUCAAAAUGCAGUUACUCAAAUUAUUCAAGAUCAUUUUAGUGUUUGUCCCUUUCAUGUAGUCGGACGUUCAUUGAUAACAAAACCCUCAGAAAGUACCUGAAAUAAUGCACUUCAGUUUCCUGGUACCUUUUCUUCUGAUUUUCCUUUACCAGGCAGGUAAGCGAUUAUGAGCAAAUUUUAAAUGCUUUGUAAUGACUACUAAGUGUAACUCAGUCAGAAGCCUUCGUUAGCCAUAGAAUUGCGCUUAACAGUAAGCUGCUUGUUGGUGGCAUGAGUAAAGUUGAUGGCAAAGAAAUUCCGGUGGCUAAUGGAAAUAAAGCAAUGAAAACGGUAAAUUUUGAGUAACAUCAUGAGAUGUAUUAGCCAUUUGUCAAAGGCUUGGAACGAAGAAAUCUGAAGAGGAAUGUUUCUUUUCUCUUAAACUCGUGGCAAAUUUCUUUUUACAACAACUGCGCUAAAAACUUCAUCUUCUUUCUCAUUAACCUAUCUCAUCACAUGGUGGUUUUCUGGCUGGCGAGCAACGUGAGCGUGCGAAAGGUCUGCGUGGGUUCUGGCACGACACGGACCUCAGUCUCGCCGGCUUGAAUUCUCCUUCGUUCAACCGAAGUAGGGAAUGCGUGGGAAACUAACUUGGCUGGGUGCGCACCAGUUUUCUACGGUUCCUUUAGAAACUUACUAAUUUUAUACUUUAUGGAGUUAGAUUGUUUGACUUCUUAGCCGUGUACCGCAUAAAGGUAACGUACAGCAAAAGAGAGUAAGUCAAAGUGUUGAUUACAGAUCAGAUCUUACUCAGGUCAUUCUUUAAAUGACAUUGUUUGAUAAGAUUUCCGCAUCGUUCUGUUCGAUAUGUCUCCGAUUGCCUGGCAUUUGAUGACUGAAUGCACGACUGAGUUCGAUUAACGAGCCUAAUAGUUAUUGAGGUUGCCAAACAUUUCCUGCACUUAAAUUACGGUGAGUCAAUUAUUUCCAUGAAACUAUAACAAAAUGCAAAUCUACUCGUAGGCAACUAGACCUGAAGAAUAAAACUUAAGGUUUCUAAGUACGAAAGCAAUUCUUAUCUCGGACAUUUGAAGGCCAACCAAUUGAAAUACUUCAGAGUUUUCAGUGUCACGAUUUUUCCUCCUUUUUCUCCAUUUAGGAUGCGCUGCAGGAUGGCCGAGGACAACCGUGUCAAAGGAACAUCAACUCCGGCAAGAUCUAUUUUCAAGUUCUGGAGGAAUUUCAUUUAAUCGUAUGAUUCGACCUGUGUUAAACACGGCGGAAAAAGUUAAAGUGAGAGUCCAGGUGGAGUUGAGAGCUGUCGUGGAUGUGGUAAGGUCCAUACAUCUCGAAGUAAUGAUAACGGUUAAAUAAAAUAGUUACGACUUCGAAGAGGGCUUCUAAGGAAAGUAAAGAAGAAUUGUGCAUUUUUUUCCUUUUUCCUGAAGUGAAAUGCGUAUCUUAAAAUCAAUUACACUCGUAAGUGCAUUUUAAGCCUUAUGCAUUAUGCAUAAGGGAAAUCUUAUAAGGAAUUUCACUCUGAAAACGCAACAAAUAUUUCUCGUGCACACAAGAAAACGGAUGAGGUGUUUCCAGUCAGACUACGCUAGAAAGAAAUUUCAUGUGGAUCUCUCCCAAACCUGUCACAAAAACAAAUGUUACUUGCACACAGACAUCUUCGCACCUUAUCCAUAAACUUCUCUUUAUUUCUGUGUAUAACGCGUACUGCGCGAAUUUUCGCACAAUUGUACUUUUUACUGAAGUACCUUUUUUCACAGGAUAAAAACGGGCAAUUCGUGUCUACAGACACAAUCAUCAAACAGGUAUAUAUUUCUGUCCAAUUAUUAAAGAUUUUGAUGUUUAUACCAAUGUUGUGGGAGUUUUUCUAGUUUUAGAAUGAUUGAAGUGGAUCCGAUCAAACUGAAUCAAUUUAUUUAGUGGCUGUUACCAUUCACGAGCGAUUUUUAAAUAGAAGAACAACUUGAUCAGCAUAAAAAUAACUCCAAAAAUUCAUUCCUUCUAUGGUAUUUUUUUCGCAAAUUUUCAGCAAUGGAAUAACACUUUCUUCAUGUGGACACCAAGUACUUAUGGAGGCGUGGAGAAACUUCUCGUCAGUCCCAACGAGAUGUGGGCACCUGACAUUGUAUUACACAACAAGUAGGUGAUUCCAUGUAGAGUUAAGGCUUUUACUUGCAUGCUGGGUGUGAGUACCUAUAAUUGGUCAAUAGAGCGAUUUGUGAUAGUGGGUCGUUAAGUAAACGCAAAGAAGCCACAAACACCAAUCAGCGUGAAGGGAAACUAUCUCAAGAGACUAAUUAGAAUUCAAAGCGAAAACAGGCAAACUGCUUAAUGUGCCACAAAACUCAAGGGAUUGAUUUUGUUAUUGCGUCUUUUUUAUUGAGAUGGUGCCGUAAGUUUUCUAGACCGAUCACAGAGCGUAGAAAACCAUGAAAAUUAAACGACAGAUUAGUUUCGACUCUAAAUAUAAAACCAACAUUCCAAAUUUCGAUUCGACCUGGUAAGAGUGGACAAGAAGAGCCAUGUAGUGGAAUUUCUAUUGCUAAACUCUAAUUCCCAUUUAUUUCACUGAUCUACUGACUUGAUUACAUCAUGAACAGUCUUAGCUGAUGUACGCUACCAGCUCGUGAGUACAGACCACAAUAUAGCUUCCUAAGCUUCGCAGUUACUAACCAUCACUCUCAAAAGCUACUUCUUUUUACUUGGUUUAUAAUACAACACACAACUGUAGUUCCCGUUCCGUCUUUUCUCUCUGUCGAUCUUUGAGUCAAUAGUGGUGUCAGUAUUAAAGUUCUUAUCUAUUACAUUACUGAAACUGUGAAUACAAACUAUUUCACUCAAAUCUCACAAUUUCUCUAUUCUAUUGUAAACACCCCAAUUUUCACCUCCCUUUCCAGUUAUUGACGGAUUCACUGUCUACCUAGCUGACUGACCGACCAACUGACCGGCGAACCAAACACUAACCAACCAACUAACUGACUGACUGAUGAUCGUUCGAUCGGGCGAUAGAUCGAUCUCUUGCUCAUGACCUGCUGACUGACUAACCGAUUGACUUAUUUACAGACCGGCACCGUAAUCGACUAACUGAUUGACUGACCAAAUGACUCGCUAACUUAUUGACUGACUGGCUGAAUGACUGACGAAAGGACGAAAAAAUUAACUGUUGGAUGGAUUUAUGGAUACGGGUCAUUCAUUGAUUUACAGUGCAGAUGAUAAUGUCGCUCAAGCGGGAUACACAGAGAAAUUCAAGACAUGGAUAGUUAUUUACCACAAUGGCAUUAGUGACUGGAUUUCCCCGGUGUCCUUCAAGAGCACUUGUAGCCUCGAUGUCACGUAUUUUCCGUACGACCAACAUCGCUGUGACAUGAUUUUUGGGUCGCUAACAUCAGACAAGACACUUCUGGAUAUAGAAACAGAUGAAGUCCAUUUAGAGACGAGGAAAGGCCGAGAGAGUGACGAGGACGGACAAUUUGGUAUGUCACCCAGAGAAUAAAAUUGAAUUUCAACUAGUUGGUGACUGUAUAGAGAGGCCUAAUAAAAUAUUUGGAAAGAGAAUGUGCAAUGAGAUAUUCACCAAGUCGUCAAUAAAAUGAACUUUAAUUGAAUCUAAGGAGUUUCCUAGCAAUUAACAAUAACAUCAUCGAUGAAAGUUUAAAACACUUCUUUAAAACAAAAACUUAAAAUUUUGUACGAAAAGGAUAAAUAAGCAAGUAAAGUAAGUAACCUAUAUUAUUGUGGUCAAAUACACCUACCUCAUUACGGUUUUGUGAGUAUCACUGUUUUCCAGGUAUUGCCACAAUCAUGAUGUCAUGCCAGUUUUUUUCAGGGGUCCUUUAAAGAUACUUAGUUUAGUCUCAAUUCUUCCAGAAAUGCGUUCCAUAUACAUAUUCGGGGCAAAGUACUCUCUUUCCACUUACAUAACAUUUGCUUUCGUUCCGACAGAAGAGAUUGAAAAGAGUGCCUCCUGGUCAAUUCAGAGGAUAGAAGUAAGAAGGAAAGAACAUUAUCGCAAAGGUUUUCCUCACCCCUUCACCGCCAUACACCUGAGCUUCAUUAUCCGCCGGAAACCACUGCACUUCGUUGUUUUUUCCAUGGUGCCUUGCAUGCUGAUCGGAGCACUGAUUUUUGUCAGCUUCUUUAUUCCUGUAGAGAGUGGGGAGCGAAUCGGUUUCAGUUGUACAAUCCUUCUCUCUGUGAGCGUCUACCUUCUGAUCGUGACAGAGGCCCUCCCCGAACAGUCCGACUCUCUGCCACUAAUUAGUGUAUACUACAUCAUAAUCAUGAUAGAAAUAGCGUUGGCGCUGACCGCCACCAUUGUGGUACUCAAGGCACAUCACGCUACUACCCAGCCACCUGGCUGUCUCAAGGGUAUGUUGUUUAUCAAUAAUAUCUACAGAUGUUGUCGGAAGCCCAAGAGAAGGAAGCGAACCUCAAAGGUUGAGCCCCCGGUGCAAGUGGUCGUGCUGGACUACAGCAGUGACCACAAGGAGAAACACGAAGACAGUGAGGAAAGAUACCGCAAGAAAAGCUCAAUAAGUCUGAGCCAGCUCUCAGUGGACAGCGGUUCUCAGUUGUUUACUCGCCCCAACACCACUGACGGUAAGGAGGAAGAAGAAGACUGGAGCGAGACCUGGCGUCAGAUUGGGAAGGCUCUAGACAGACUUUUUUUCUGGACUUUUACCAUAACGUUUUUAAUUUCGACAGUUGUAGUUUUUACAUACGGACCAUCAUUAGCCAAGCCAUUGAAUGAUGAAAUGGAUAAGUUGUACGGUCCUCAAAGAGGAGUUUAA